ACUCGGCACAAUGAAAAUAGCGAUCUGAAAUCAAAUAUGUAUUGGCACUGGUACAGAACAGGCGGUUUUUAAUGGACGAUAUGUAAUUCAGUAGUUGUGAAUCUCAAAUAUUUACGUGACGUCAAUGGUACUAAGUGAUUUUUUGUUGUCACCCCUUCAUAAGAGCAUGAAAUAGAGGCACUGUUUUUGUUCUAUUCAGAGUUUGGAUUGAAAUGUUGGCGACAUUGUUACAGAUUUGUGGAUAAAUCUUGUGUAUCCUGCACCAGAAUGCCUUAAAAGGAGAUUAACAAAAUAGCACAGUGGAUUAUCAGUGUAUUUCAAGAUAAAAACUGUGAUAAUCCAAGAGAUAAUUUUAAAAUUAGUAACGAGCGUUUAGUGUUUGGAGUUAGUACAGAUUGUUGAUAGUGUCAUUUGGUUUUGAUGAAGAAUGGUGUUGGAUGUUUAUACGACUGAAAUUGGAAUAAAUAACUUAGAAAUGAUUCUUAGUGAUUACAGUUUGACUAGCCCUGAAGACCUAUACAGAGAAAUCUACACCAACAUGUCACAGUUUCGAGAGCCACCUCCUUAUCCUGGUCUUCCAAAACAGAGCAGCAGCCAAACUGGUUUACAUCAGAGUUUCUCUGGUAGUGAGGCAAGCACUGAUGUUUCAGUAUCGUCCAAUGAGAAUCUAGCAAGCGGACAGCGACAGGAACCGCAAGGGGAGGAAACUCAGGUUUCGUCCCCGCAUCUGGUUUACGAUGCCAGCGGCUUCAGCGACUACAGUAUCAUGGCUCGCCUAGGUAUGCCCGCCUCAGAGAUCGACCAAAAACUGAUGCAAUCGUCAAAUACACCGCAUAUAUAUGUGACACCAGGAAAUGGUGUUUAUUCUAGUGUUCACGGACCGUAUAUAGCUACCAGCGUCAAUUCUCCAGCUCAUGGUUUGUGUCAUGUUACCCAUUCCCAGACCCAGAAUCUCUAUCAUUCAAGCGAAAGUGGAUUUUCGGGCAGUGAAAGUUCAAAGCAUCAGUUAGGCGGAGAAAGUGACUCGAGUACAAAUAUUUCCCGACAAAGUUCAGGAUUUUCGUGUGACACUUCUCUAAGCUCAAAUUUGACCUCACCUAGUGGCGUAACAUCGUACAGCAGUUCAACUUUGUACGCAAAUUACCCUCAACAGUGGACUCACAGUGCAAUGGACUACGGCUCUCCUCAGAUGAGCAGACCUCAGGCACAUUUAAAUUUUCAGAAGCACCAUCUCAAUCAACAACUCCAGCAACAACAGUUACCCUCAUUCAUGUCACACACAUCCAUGCAUUCUGGGCAGCCACACAUGAACCUGAAUCAUUUGAACAGCUCGCCCCUGCCCCCACCCCCUACCUACCCGGGCUUUCAAGGUCACGAGGCAGCCAGGAGGUCAUACGAGAUUCUGGGCAAGACGGAAAUCCCAGGGUCAAGGUCACAGCCGGAGUUGAGCCACCUGCUGGACCAGCGGGCUCAAUACCCAGGGGUCAUACAUACCCCUGGGGGUUCAGGCUCAGACAGAGGAUCCCAGCAUUCUCUAGAGCAUUGUGUGGGAGAUGGCUCAAGAUAUGCUGAUAUAGACCAAAUAGCCUUCAAGGCAACAAGCAUGGUCAACGUCCUUUCGGAGGAGAACCAUGCCCUUAGACAGAAACUUUCCGUCUUUGAACGCAAAGUCAUGUUGCUACAGAAGUUUGAGAUGGAGCUACAAAACGUCCACGAAGGCUAUGAAUCCCUUCAAAAGUCUUCCAAAAAAAUCAUCCAGAAGGAGUCGGCGAUGAAGAAACACUUGGAAGAAGAGCUUAAGAAGCAGAAAGCUGUGAACAACAGUCUGAUCCAGCAGCUACAGAAGGCUGGGCUACCGGUGCCAGAUGCCGCCAUCUUGGCAUCCGUGGAGCCCAGCGAUAGCAGCAUGGUCCACCUGCUUGCAAAACACAAGGAGGUGCUGGGUAUCAAGGAGAGGCAGGAGAUGGAGAUAGAGGCCAUGAAGAUGACCAUACAGGAGCAGAGGGCCCAGAUUGACAUCCUCAGGAACGUGCAGGCCUCACAGAUGAGGCUGGAUGAGGAGGAGCGUCGCCAGCAGCUCCUGGCAGAGUACGAUGAGGAAAUCAAGCAAGAGCUUGCCUCAAUAAAGGCUGCAUACGAGAAGAAAGAACAAACCGAGACCAACAUACGACUCAAACUCGAGAAGGAGCUAGAGUACUGUCGACGACAUCACGUCUCCGCGAAGUCUCAGGUGUCGUCCAAUGCGGGGGCUUGUGGGAAGGGAAAGGAUGGCAAGGCGGAGAUGAAUGUGGACAUCAAGAAACUCUUGGAGGAAAAAGAGGCCAAGAUUCUACAGCUGGAGAAGGAAUUGAUACAGUGGAAGGAACAACAGCUGGAAGAGAGUAUUCGCAAGUUGAAGCUACAAGAGUCAUUAGAGACCGACUCCUUCAGUCGACUUCCAGCGUACGACCAGUCUGGGAGCAUGUGUUCCUCUAGCAUGUGUUCGUCCACAUGUUCGAGCCUCUCCACGGAGACCUUGAUCAACGAGGCGAAGGCAGACAAGCUGAGACAGAUGGAAGAGGUCUACAAGGCAAACAGGAAGGUGGCCGAACUGGAGGCUAGUGUCAAGUCACUCCAAUCUCAGCUAAGCGAAAAGGAAGCAAUCUUACGUGUCUACCAGCGAUCACCGAUGACGCGCAGUUCAAGCGUUCACACCAUCUACUGCACGCCCCACCACUCUCCCCGGCCGUCUCUCGUGGCAACGGGAUCGCUGAGUCGACAGGGCAGCCAUGACCCAUCCAACUUUCUUGAGGUCUGCCACAAGAAGACGGGAAGUACCAGCGCUUUGGAGGCGUACAGCAAAAUUUCGCAGGAGGAUUUACUCAAGAAAAUCGAAGACCUGAAGAGCGGGUCUAAGAGCAACUCGGACAGUGAAGAGAACCCAGACUCAGUGUGGCAGGUGUGAACAUAAUCUUGACUGGUUGCCUAGCAGCCCAGUGUGUUCUUCAGUGUUGCAUAGCAACAAGAAAAAAUGUUGCCUAGCAACCAGCAUCGCCAGAGAUGUCCAGAGUUCUUCCAAACAAUAGCAAACGCUACAACAUAUUGCACGGUUAUUUGGCCGGACAUUGGAUAAAUCGGGUUUGUUUCAAAUGUGAGAAAAUGCGUACAAUGUUCCAAGAACAGUAAAUGAGGAUUUCCAAAUGUGAAUUGGAGUCAACACUAAAGUUUUACCUGAGAUUGGAAAUAUCUGUAAUGGUUAAGAAGUGCACAACAAAAUGUUCAAAAACAUUAGUCAUAACCGGAGCAAUUACAGUUGUGACAUGGAGUGUAUUACGUUUGCCAGGCAUGUGUUUCCUCAUGGGGAUAUGGACAGUGACCUCUCGGAUUACCAGUUUUACCCUGUGAUAUUAUGAGUCUUCGGACAUUAAAUUUGCCAGUACAUUGUGAGAAAGAUUUCAAUUACUGAAUCAUGAACGUUUUUGUUUUAUAUCAUUGACUGAAGAAAUUCGUGAACUGAAGUACUGUUUGUGUUUGAUCAUGGAUAAUUUUUAAAAUCUCAAGGAAAAACAGCUGUGUUAAAUGUUAUACUUCAAAGUAUAAGAACCGUUCAUGUUAUUUAGAUUUUCAGAACGAAACAUUGAGAUGAUCUGUCCUUUGUUGUUUUAUCAGCAAAACUUAUGUGUGAAAUGAUAUUUGCCAGAUUUGAAUCCCGACGUCUUUCAUGUAAAUAGCCUAUUUUUGUAUAUUUACCUUUUUUGUAAGUGCCUUUUGAAUUUGAACAAUUUGCUUGUUGUUAUGAAUUAUAUUUAGUCAGUGUUGACUAUUUUGAGUGAUGUUUUACCUAUAGUGAUUUUGCAAUAUAUAUUUUCGUCUUUUCCAAUGCAAUAUUUCAUGAACACAUGCAAAAGAGGGUUGUUUUUUAUGUGAAUUUUUCAUAUGUCAGAUGAAUGAAAAAGUUUAAAUUUUAAAUAAAUGCUCAGCUCUUCAGCAUAGAUUGUUGAAAACUGUUUUCCAGUAAUAUUGUUUUCCAAUAACUUAUUUUUAUUUGGAAAUGUAUUUAUCAAUGUCAAAAUGAUAUCAGACUGCAUUUAAAGAAUUUAAAACAUAUAAUAAAAGGUUUUUGUUUUGACAAGGGUUAACUAGUUUUAAACCUGAUCAGAAAUUAUGAUAUAGAAGCACUUGUUUGUUAAUUGACAACGUGUGGACUGAAUUUGCAUAAUUACAGACAAAUGGCAUUUUAAAUGCUCGAUAACCCUUCACAGCACUCAAAAGUUCCCAGUUCUGUAUCAUACACUUGAAAUUUGGGGAGUUUUGCACUGCACUGGUUAAAAAUUUUAACAUCAUUUUUUUUCGGAAAGCAAUUAUACAGAUGUUGUAAUUUUGUUUAACCCUUUCCCACUCAGUAGCAAAGUGAAAACGGUUAUGUGCAAACAGCAUUAAACCAGAACAACCUGCGAGUAACUCGCAGUCUGUUCAUGUUUUAUGCCGUUUGCUGCUCAUCAGUAUCUAAGGGUUGGAAAUUAAUCCUUUAAAACUUAAUGUAGAAAGAAAGGUCUUUUAUUAAAUUUAACUUUCUAAGGGACUUCAAAUGCGUCAAAAUACGUAUUUAUGUGGUAAAGGGUUGAGCACUUGUUGCACUUUUGCACCAGUUAUGACUACAGUACUAAGUAUGCUGUUACUUGUUUCUUCACAAUUUUGCAGUUUGGUAACACAUUUGCAAAACAAACUUGCACAGUGAUAUAAGUUUGAAAUGAAUAAUUCUCUAUGACAUAUCCAGGGUGUGUUUUAAUAUCUGGAUGAAACAUUGGUUCAGGUGUUAACUUGUAUUUUUUGCAUUUUUGGCACUAAAGCACAGUUAAAUGAAGAAAUAUUAUAAUGAUUAAUAUCUUAACUGACGCAAAUUGGAUGUGCAAGUCAUUUAUUUGUGUAAACUGGCGUCAAUGGAGGGAAAAAAAUGCUCUAAAUACCAGAAAGAUAGAUUUUUGUGCGUUCAGUGACGUAAUAACAGACGCUUUGGCUGGGCAAAGAUGUUGUUGAAAAUAUUUUGCAUGACCGCACACAAGAAUGUUGGAUAGACAAAUUGUUGCAGAGUAGAAAACAUAAUAAAUGCUGCUGAUGGGUUUUCCACAUGUUGGCAUUCAGGGAACGCAUUCCUAUGACCUGGAAAGAUGGUAUUUGAGUUAUCUCUAAUGCACUGUGGCACAAUAUCUUAUCAGACCAGCAUGAGAACAUGUUUGUUGCAGAUUGAAAAUUCGUCUUGUUGUUAUUACUUGUUGUUUGACGCAAUCCGCAUAAUUGGAAGGUAGAUUUAAAAUAAUUGUACAGUUUAAGUAAAACAUGUAGACCGGCUUUAUAGUUUACAGAUUAUCAUAGACAAAAUGUUUGAAUUAUUGAUGUUCGUACCAUAGUAUUUCUUUUCGGCUAUGUGAGAACAUCUUAUGUUAUAGCUGAUAUUUUGAGUGGUAGUCAGGGCCUAGACUAAAAGUUCCUUUUCUCCGGCAAGUCAAUAAGACGAUGAGAAAUGUUGCCAAUGUAUAACCCUUUCAGUGCUGGAACCUAAUUUAAAAGGCCUUUGCAAACAGUUUGGAUCCAGAUGAGACGCCACAGAACGUGGCGUCUCAUCAGGAUCCAAACUGUUUGCUAUUCUGAUAGUAUUCUUUGAUUUUUUUUUGAAGAAAAUGCUUAUUUUAUAAAUUCAGCAGACGAAAUUUUAGCAGACAACAAAUUUCCCAGCAUGCAAAGGGAUAAGAUUUGUUGAUGGAUGCAUGUUUAGUUUAUUUUGUUUUUCCUAUUGUUGUUGUUUUUGGUGCUGUAGUGUCCUGUGUUACUUUUUGAUCAGUUUGAGUAUUGUUUGUUUUUUCAAAAUUACAAAGUUAUUUUCAACAAAAAUUCUAUGUUUUUAGUAACAAUAUAGUAGCAACACUGAACAGUAAUACUUAAGAUAUUUCACAAAUACAGUUUGGUACCAAUUAAAUUUACAUCAAUAAAUUUUAGGUUGUUUAUUAUUAAAUUACUGUUAACAUGGCUGAACAUUUGUUAUUUGUAAAUUAUUAUUUUAUAAUUUAUUAAUUGCAGAUUUUAUACAAUUAUGGAUUUUUUCUCUUCUUUUUUUACUACAAUAUUUUAAAGCAUUUAUUUAUUCUGUUAACUAUUUAUCAAUUUGUCAAUCUUUCACACUUAUAUGUGCUAUCUACUUGUUUUCAAUCUGUAACUUAUAUCUGUUGUGGUUGUUCUCUAUUAUGGGCAUGUCUGUUGGACUCGUUUAUUUGUGAAUCUAUUGUAUGGUUUAUUGAAGACUGACUCUGUGCUGUUAAAUUUGAGCUUUGUCAUGCGAAAAUGGAUCUUAAGCUUUAUGCAGCCUGCAUUACUCGAGUCCAGGGCAGUCUGAUGUUGAGUCACUCUGUCUGCUAUAGUGACACAUUAUUGCAUGGUCUCAUAAUCGUUCAGGGUAGAUCCUAACAAGACUGCGUGAAUGUGCAGGGUGACCAGAAGCUAUGGUGGCUGCAUAUGGCAUAAGACCCAUUUUCGCACGAUGGAGGUCAUUUGUAUUGGGUCAAUCUCAGUGGCGGUUGUUAUACGAGUAUUCAUGAUCAAAAUAAUAAAAUUGAUUGAAAUACUG